GGAGGGGCGUGGCGUAAGGUUCGGCCUCUCCCGAGCCUGGAGCGAGCAGCUGAAGGACUGACUAGGCUAGGCCCCGGGUUAAAUUGGGGUCCGUUCCCGUGUGCACGUUCUGGAUGAGAGGACGGGUAAGACUAGUUAACCCGAGUGAGCCCGUGCCGAAAUUGACUUGCAGCGUCCUGCACUCUAGUUGCGAAGAGGAAUUGCAGCCUUGCUGUUGCCUCAACAGGUCUUUUGUCCACAUCCCCUCUGCUCCUCGCAUCCCGUUUUCCACGGUUCCUAAGAGUUGAGGAAAAGGCAUGCCUUUGCCUUCUACAUGGCUUCUGGAGCUGGUGGAAACUUUAUCCAGAAACUUUUGAUAUACUUAUUCACCAAGGAGUCUUCCUCCCUUCUCUCAAACCUUCCUUCUCUGUGAACUUACCCCACCCUGGCCUUUCCCAAACCUGAACCAAAAGUUAGCAGCCUUUCUUCCCUGUACUCAUGGCGACCUCCACUGCUAGUCCCAGUUCGCCUCUUCGAGCAGAAGAUCUCCUGAGUGAUUCAUCAGAGCCCCCUGGGCUCAACCAAGUGUCCUCUGAGGUGACUUCCCAGCUCUAUGCUUCUUUGCACCUCAGCCGGCAGGCCGAGGCUACUGCUAGAGCUCAGAUGUAUUUAGCCUCCUCUUCCCCACCUCCUCAUGAGGCAUUUGAUGGCUUGGCUCAAGAGCUGAGUCGCAGCUUGUCAGUUGGAUUGGAGAACAACUUGAAGAAAAAGGAUGGUUCCAAGCAUAUCUUCGAGAUGGAAAGUGUUCGGGGUCAGCUCCAGACCAUGCUCCAAACCUCACGUGAUAUGGCCUACCGGGCUCCCCUCACUUCAGGAGCUGGCCCAGAAAGACGAGACGACGACUCCUUUGACAGUGAAAGCACAGCUACUUUGCUCAACACCCGGCCUCUGCAAGACUUAUCUCCAUCCAGCUCUGCCCAAGCCCUGGAGGAAUUAUUUCCCCGCUAUACCAGCCUUCAAACAGGGCCCCCACUUAACCCACCAGAUUUUCAAGGGCUGAGAGAGGCACUGGACUCAGAGCAUACCCGUCGCAAGCAUUGUGAGCGCCACAUUCAGAGCCUGCAGACCCGAGUGCUAGAGCUGCAACAGCAGUUAGCAGUAGCUGUGGCUGCAGACCGCAAGAAAGAUAUCAUGAUUGAACAACUGGACAAGACCCUUGCUCGAGUGGUGGAAGGCUGGAACAGGCAUGAAGCUGAACGAACAGAGGUACUUCGAGGACUUCAAGAGGAGCGCCAGGCAGCAGAACUCACCAGAAGCAAGCAGCAGGAGACAGUAACCCGUCUAGAGCAAAGUCUUUCUGAAGCUAUGGAGGCUCUGACUCGUGAACAGGAAGGAGCCAGACUACAGCAUCGGGAGCAAGAGGCCCUGGAGGAGGAAAGGCAAGCUCUGGCCCUGAGCUUGGAGGUAGAGCAGCAGCGGUGCCGUGCCCUGCAGGACGAACGGGAUGAGGCUCGUGCUGGGCAGCUCAGUGAGCUCCGGAAGUUGGAGACUCUUCAGGUUGCCCUAGAAGAAGAGCGGCAGGCUUGGGCCCAGCAAGAGCUCCAGCUAAAGGAACGCCACCAAGCACUGCAGGAAGAAAGCCAGGCUCAGUUGGAAAGGGAAAAGGGGAACAGUCAGAGGGAGGCCCAGGCAGCCCGGGAGGUCCAGCAACAGUUGGCGCUGGUGCAGGCCGAGGUGCGGCGUCUGGAAGGAGAGCUGGACACAGCUCGGAGAGAAAGAGAUGCCCUGCAGCUGGAAAUGAGCUUGGUUCAGGCCCGGUAUGACAGCCAGCGGAUCCAGAUGGAGUCAGAGCUGUCUGUGCAGCUGGAGCAGCAGGUGACAGAGCGGCUGGCGCAGGUGCAGGAGAACAGCCUGCGGCAGGCAGCCUCCCUGAGGGAGCAACACAGGAAGCAGCUUCAAGAGCUCAAUGGACAGCAUCAGCAGGAACUGGCCGCCCAAUUGGCUCAGUUCAAAGUAGAAAUGGCAGAACGAGAGGAACGGCAGCAGCAGGUGGCUCAGGACUAUGAGCUCAGACUGGCACGGGAGCAAGCUCGAGUUCGGGACCUACAGAGUGGGAACCAGCAGCUUGAAGAACAGCGGGUGGAGCUGGUAGAACGACUCCAAGCCAUGCUUCAGGCCCACUGGGAUGAGGCCAAUCAGCUGCUCAGCACCACACUCUCAUCUUCUAACUCGCAAGUUCCUCCUGCUGAGCCCUCUAGCCCUGGGUCUUUGGAGCCGGAGAAGGGGGAGAGGAGAGUGUGGAGUGUGCCUCCUGCAGCUGUGGCCCUGAAACCUGUGCUGCAGCAGAGCCGGGAAGCAAGGAGCGAGCUGCCUGGAAUACCUCCUGCCCACUGCAGUUCCUCUCCUGAUCUUAGUCUCCUGCUGGGGCACCCUUUCCAGAGCCAGAACUCCUUCCAGCCCCUAGAACCCAAACCUGAUCUUGCUCCAUCUUCAGCUGGGAUCUUCUCAGCACUGGGAACCUUUGAUGCUGAUCAAAGGGCAGAACGGCCAUUUCCUGAAGAUGAUCCUGGAUUGGAUGGGGAUGGUUUCCUAAAGCCAGCACUGCCACCUGCAUCUCAGCUCCAGGGUCUUAAGAAUUUUUUGCAGCAGCUGCUGGAGACUGUACCCCAGAACAAUGAGAGCUCUGUUGACCUGUUGCCCCCUAAGUCUGGUCCUCGUAGUGUCCCAUCUUGGGAAGAAGUCCCUCAAGUGCCACGGCUUCCACCCCCGGUCCAUAAAACUAAAGUUCCCUUAGCCAUGGCAUCUGGUCUCUUCCGGGUCCACGAGCUUCCCUCAUCCCAUUCCCAAGACAGUGGUCCCAGUACUGGUUCUCCAGAGAGAGAAAUGCCUAACUCCCCAAGGCAGCUGAUGGAGUUGUCUCAGCUAUUACGACUGUACCAGGCCCGAGGGUGGGACACUGUGCCUUCUGAGGACCUGCUUCUCUCCCUGAAGAGGCUAGAGCACAGCAGGACUGAUGGCCGAGGGGAGACUGUCCCCAGAAGGAACACAGACUCCCGCUUGGGUGAGAUCCCCCGGAAAGAGAUCCCUUCCCAAGCUGUCUCUCGUCGUAUUGCUACAGCCCCUAAGACUGAAAAAGCUCCUGCACGGAAGAAAAUUGGGCACCCUGCCCCCAGUAGCGUGAGGAGUAGGGGUGGGGUCUGGAGAUGAGCUCCUACCCUUUCUAAGGGCUUUCUUCUCCUCUUCCUCUUCUGCUUUUUAUUUCAAUAAAUGGUUAGUAUGUAUUAGAGUCUCUGACUCAGAGGAAUUUGGGAAAUGGGGUUCUACAGGAAGGCUACUUUGUAAAAAAAAAAACAACAACCCUUUAUUCUAUUUCAGUAUUUUGUAUAUGUUACAUAUUUAUAUGCUAUUUUCUGUGGGAAAAGAUCAAUACUAUGUAAGAAUUCUAUGAAUUCUGGAAGUUGGAGUGAGCUGAAGUUCAGUUGGUAUAAAGUAAAAUCUAUAGAGUGAUUAGUGAUUGGUACUAGAAUUAUGAAUGACCCUUACUUUCUUUUUUAUACAUUUUUUGUACUUUAUAAAUUUUCUAAAACACAUGUUAUUUUAACAAUCAGAG